CCCACUCAAUCGAAGCUCGACGCUCAGACAAGCUGCGAGACGAGGGCUGUGGAACAAAUCGAUCAAUCGACACUUGACAAUCGAGGCGUGAUAGCAUUUUUUGCCCCAUUCAGUCGUGAUAAAUCAGGCGAGGGCUGUGGAACAAAUCUGAUAGCAUUUUUCGAGGCGUGAUAAAUUUCACCUCCGAUUCAGUCGACACUCGACAAUCGAUCAGAUGGCUCCAACUGUAAAGAAGGAGUAUACAGUGGUGCAAAUGUUGGAGGAGAUUAUACGGAAUUAUUUAGUUGCCCGGUUUUGUAUACUAUAUUUCCUUUUUGCUAAACUAGAGAAGGGUAAAAAGAGAAAGAGAUUACAAAUAGUCUUACCUUAUAGCCUAACGGAUAGGGUACCCUCGCAAGUUAGUUACAUGAACAGGUUGGUCGGUCUUAACGACACAGAUUGCUUAGUAAAUCUAAGGAUGGAUAGAAAUGCAUUUGGUAGGCUUUGUUCCCUGUUCCGCCAGUUAGGCACUCUUCGUGAUAGGAGGUUUGUUUACAUUGAAGAACAAGUGGCUAUUUUCAUCAGUAUACUAGCCCAUCAUACAAAGAACCGUACGACGUGAUUCCACUUCUUGCGUUCAGGUGAAACUGUUUCAACAUCAGUUCACGCUGUACUCAAAGCCAUCAUAAAAAUGCACACAUUGUUCCUGGUCAAACCUGAGCCAAUAAAAGAUGAUUGCGCCGAUUGGAGAUGGAAACAUUUCAAGGGUUGUCUCGGAGCGUUGGAUGGUACUUUCAUAAAUGUGUUAGUUCCUAACUCAGAUAAACCGCGCUUUCGGAACCGAAAAGGACAAAUAACAAUAAAUACACUAGCAGCCUGCGAUCGACAUAUGCGAUUUACCUAUGUCCUACCCGGGUGGGAAGGAUAUGCUGGCGACGCUCGUGUCUUAAGGGAUGCAGUCAAUCGUCCAUACGGUCUGAAGGUCCCUCUAGGAAAUUAUUACCUUUGUGAUAAUGGUUAUGCAAACAGCCAAGGAUUUUUGACUCCUUACAGAGGUGUUAGAUACCACCUCAAAGAAUGGGGGCCAAAUGCAGAUAUGCCACAAAAUGCUAUUGAGCUUUACAAUAUGCGUCAUACUAAGGCAAGAAACAUCAUAGAACGAGCUUUUGCAGUGUUGAAGAUGCGAUGGGCUAUACUACGCAGUGCAUCAUUCUACCCCAUCAAGGUACAAGUACAACUAAUCAGCGCUUGUUUCUUGUUGCACAACUACAUUAGAAGCGAAAUGAAUGUGGAUCCUCUCGAAGAUCUCAUAGACACUUGGAAUGAUGGACAUGGUCCAGAGGAUGAUUCAAACGAAGGGCCGUUUGUUGAUUACAUUGAUGCAACAACGGACUGGAACAUGUUCCGAGAUCAACUAGCAAACUCAUUGUGGAAUCAGCACGUGUCGGGAGGUUCAUAACUUUUUCCAGAUAUGCGUUAUGUGGAGUCGCCCAAUGACCGUCGAUGAUCUUCAGCCUGCUAUUAUAACAUAUCUGUACCUUUGUUUAUGAGACCUUAUGACUCCAUUAUGACUCCUUUAUUCCUCCACCCCUCUAACUGUUCCAUUUUGAUUCGAGUAGAAUUGAAUUGCAGCUCACCUCUUCUUUUA